AUGAAGCAAACGAACGGUAUUGAUCUUCCAUCGAGGGGCGUCAUUCAGGGUAACGAACUCGUCGUUUGGCGUCCCUUACCUGUGAGUCGAGAUCCUUUCGAUGACCCGACUAUGAAGGGACGGAUUCAGGAAGUGGAUCAUAUUGAUAACACAUGUGAAGAUAACGCAUCGGAGUUCAUCGUGGAAGUGAGAUAG